AUGCGCUCGUUGAUUGCUGCUCUCCUCGCAUGCACGCCAUUGGCGAAUGCGCUCUUCAUUGAUGGCAGCGUCAUCGCACCUUGCGACUCACCCAUCUACUGCUAUGGUGACUUGCUUCGUGAGAUUGAGCUCGCCAGGCCGUUUGCGGACUCCAAGACACCGACAACACGUCCACUAGAUGAGGUCCUCGCAGCCUUCGCCAACCUCUCCAGGCCCAUCGAGAACAAUACAGCGCUAAACGACUUCCUCUCCACUUACUUUGGUCAGGCAGGUUCGGAGUUGGAAGAAGUGCCCACAGAUCAGCUCCAGACUCAGCCAGACUUCCUCGAUAAUGUCAACUCUUCAGUCGUCCAGGAUUUCACUCGCCAAGUCAUCGAUAUCUGGCCGGAACUUACGCGCCGCUACGUCGGAGCUGGAAAUUGCUCUGGCUGCGUCAACUCCUUUAUUCCUGUGAAUAGGACUUUCGUUGUGGCUGGUGGACGAUUCAGAGAGCCUUAUUACUGGGAUUCCUUCUGGAUCAUCGAAGGUCUUCUCCGGACGCAGGGAUCAUUUACCCAAAUCGCUGAGAACAUCAUUGAAAAUUUCCUCGAUCUAGUUGAAGACAUUGGAUUUGUUCCCAACGGGGCCCGACGUUACUACGAGAACCGAUCACAGCCCCCGCUGCUCACCCAGAUGGUCCGUAUCUACGUGGAGUACACCCAGAACUACACCCUGCUGGAACGAGCUCUGCCAAUCCUAGAGCAGGAGUAUGAAUUUUGGGUGAACAACCGUACCGUGACGCUCGAACGUGCGGGUAUGAACUACUCUCUGAGCCACUACGCAGUAUCGAACACUCAGCCUAGACCGGAGUCUUACUACGAAGACUAUGUGACUGCAAACAACGCGACCUACUUCAACGCCGAAGGCAAAGAGUUCAACGCUACACAGCCUCUUACUGAGUCCGAGAUGGCCACGCUCUACUCAAAUUUAGCGUCAGGUGCUGAGGGUGGUCACGACUACACAGCUCGCUGGCUCGCUAACCCUUCGGAUGCCGUCACGGACACGUUCUUUCCCCUUCGCUCACUGAACACCAUCGAAAUCAUUCCAGUUGAUCUUAAUUCGAUCCUGUACCACAACGAGAUCAUCAUUGGCGAGUUCUACCGUCAUCAGGGAAACUACAGCGUUGCACGGCAGUGGGCUGAACGUGCUGCAAAGCGUAGCGAAGCCAUGACUGCACUGCUUUGGUCGUCUGAGCACUAUAGCUACUUUGACUACAACCUUACUUCCAGUAGUCAAAAUGUCUACACUCUCGCAGACAACACGAGUACACCUCUUGCACUGCAGGGGGCACCACCUGGUAAGCAGGUCUGGUUCCAGGUCUCGCAAUUCUACCCAUUUUGGACGGGUGCUGCACCGGAUAGCAUCAAGAACGACCCCAAAGCGAUGCGACGUGUCUACGCGCGUGUAGAGGAGCUCUUGGGCUCGCGUGCCGGUGGUAUCGCAGCGACGAAUCUCGAGACUGGCCAGCAAUGGGACGAGCCGAAUGUGUGGCCACCGCUGCAGUACAUACUCAUGGAGGGCCUGCUCAACACUCCCCUUGAAGUUAGCGAAGAAGACGACGAACAGACAACCCAGGACUAUGUAUGGACACAAGACCUAGCUCUCCGACUCGCGCAACGCUACCUCGACUCUCUAUACUGCACAUGGCGCGUCACCGGCGGCGCCACCGAGGAAGUUUCGCAACUCCCUGGUUCCCAGGGCAACGGGACGAUCUUCGAGAAGUAUGCAGAUGAGAGUACGAAUGCGGCUGGUGGAGGCGGAGAGUAUGAAGUUGUUGAGGGCUUCGGUUGGUCAAAUGGUGUGUUGAUUUGGGCUGUUGAUCAGUUCGGACAGAAGUUGACGACACCGCAAUGCGGCAACAUCACGGCUGCAAAUAUCGGAGGCGGCAGUGCCAAGAGGAAGAGGAGCGCGGUGGAGCUGAGUAAGAGAGAUGCUCAGUGGAUUAAGAAGACAGCUUCUAGCCGGUUGAGGUAUUAG